CUGCCAUUUCAUGUCCAACCCCUUCUUUCUUGAUUCUCAUAUAUCAAUCAGCUUCAUAGUCUGCUAUUUGCUACACUUUAAGCCAUUUUUGCAACACGACUCGCAUACACAGCAUGGCAGCUUCACCGCCAACGAGUCUGUCCCAAGCCCUGGACUUUCAUCCAUCCAGCGGCCCUUCGACGACCCUGCAGCCCCCUUCAGACAUCGGGAUCGGAUCUGUCACUGUUGGGGGCUACAUCGCCUGUGCCAUGGCCAAAUAUGCUCUCCAUUAUGCCCGUCAUCAUCCCAAGAUGAAGCAUCAGGUUGAUCUCCGCUCAGCCGUCGUACAGUUCUAUCGCCCCGUGUUCCCCACCAAGUCGAUGACGAUGACUCUGCGAGAGGUUAGUGUCGGCAAGGGAUGGUCCACUCUGCGUGUCGAAUCAUUCCAGGGUGACAAGCUUACUACUUCGGGGGAUUUGGUGAUCACCAAUUUCUCAAUCGGCGGCAUCAAUCUUCCCACCGGCUGGCGUCUCACGCCUGAACCCACUCCCGUCGAUCUCACGAAGCUUGCGACAGACACCCACCCCGAUUGGGCCUCCUAUCACUGCGCCUUCUACCCAGACGGGUUCCGACGAGGCCACUCGUACGUCAAGAACUUCAUCCCACGGAUCCCGCGCCGUGAAAUCACCUUCGUCGAGCAAUGGGUUGAACCAGGCUGGGACUGUCACCCGCAAGGCUCUCUAGCACUGAACGAAUCCGGAACCGACACCAGGGCCCGUUUCACAACCGACAUGAUUCAAUUCGUAAUGGACAUGGCGCUUCCGAUCCAGGAGAACUGGUUCCCGCAUGAAGACGGUAAACCACCUACGGGAAGCAUCGCGGGCACGUUGCAGUUUGCCGCUCAGCAGCAGAAGGCCCGCGAGGAGGGUCGAGAAGAUUGGAGACCGCUGAGCGAUGACGGGUCGAAGAUGCUGCGCGCGAAGAUGGUUAAUGUGUCCUUGACAAUGUCGACGGAGAUUAAGCAGCGGUUGCCCGAGGAGGGCGUGCGUUGGCUUUAUCUGCGCACUGAGUGCAAGCGGGUUGUUGAUGGACGGAUGGAUCUGGAGGUUUUGAUGUUUGACGAGAGGAUGGAUUUGAUUGCGAUUGGUCACCAGACGGCGGUUCUUAUUCCUCCGGUGUCGAAGAUUCAGAAGUUGUAAUGAUCC